UCCUCACGGACGCUUUUCUGAGCUGCCCCCACGUGUGUCCUGUGUGUUGUUGUUGUCAGGUUGUUCACAUGACAGGCUGAUAUAUUUUAUAACAUGUCCGGCGAUACAAACACGUCCUCGGCGGAGGUAGUUCUGGGUUUCCUGGAGGAGGCGGAGCCGUGGCGGCUUCAGUCCCCGCAGUUCCCCAGUAAAGUCGGGGGGAAACCGGCGUGGCUCAGCCAGAGAGGCCUGCCCUCACUGCCCGGGCUGGAGUGUGAGAUAUGCCGCCUGCCAAUGGCCUUCCUGCUGCAGGUGUACGCACCGAUCUCUGGUCAGGACACAAGUUUCCACCGGACACUCUUUCUGUUCUGCUGCAAAACUCACGAGUGCUACACAUGCAACGACAGCCGCUGUAUGAAAGUUUUCAGAAGUCAACUCCCGAGGAGGAAUGAGUUUUACCCCUACAACCCUCCGCCAGAGGAUGAACCCCCCAGCAACUCUGAACCGGACCAGGGUGUGUUGUCCAUCUCUGGAGUUAAACUAUGUUGGGUGUGCGGUUGCCCCGGCAACAAAACCUGCUCCCGCUGUCACACCGUAAGCUACUGUGGAAAACACCACCAGACCCUCCACUGGAAACACGCACACAAGAAGGAGUGUGGUAGCCAAGAAGCGUCCACUGUCACAACCUAUCCCUUCCUCUUUCCUGAGUCUGAGCUGGUCACCGAGCCUGAGGAGGAAGAAGAGGAGAAGGAGGACGUGGCAAAGGAGGCUGAAGAAGAAGAAGAAGAAGAAGGGGCUGAAGAUUGUCCCUCCUUAGCAGACACCCUGGCAGAGACAGACCUGGAGGAGAUGGCUAUGCAUGAGACUGAAGACAACAAAAUGUUUCAGCGGUUCAAAAAGAAGAUCGCACCAGAACCACACCAGGUGCUGCGUUACAGUCGAGGAGGCUCUCCUUUGUGGGUUUCUUCCCAGCACAUGCCUUCAGAUCAGGAUAUCCCACCAUGCACCUGUGGCGCCAAGAGGAUUUUUGAGUUUCAGGUGAUGCCCCAGCUGUUAAACAGUCUGUGUGUGGACUCGACAGGAGCCAGUAUUGACUGGGGGACACUGGCUAUCUAUACAUGCUCUGCCAGCUGUUACCAUGACGACCAGUACUGCCCAGAGUUCAUUUGGAAACAGGACUUCGGCUCAGAUCAGCAACACACACAGAUUACACCUACAUAAUGUGUGUAUGUGCGCUGUACAGAGUUUACGACACACUGAUAAAUGUUUGGAAACUGGUUUCUGGACUAAAGUAAUCACACUCCCAGUCGGUGGACUGGUCACGUGCUGACGGAGGGAUCAGACUCAAAGAAAAUAAAGAUACUCACUGUCUGAUUUUGAGUAGCAGUUGUAAAAAGUAUUAGUCGAUGCAAUGACCAUGUGUUGUUAUCAAUGAGUUCAUUUUAUGUGUCCAGAUAGGCAAACAGGAAUUCAAUGCAUCAGUGCUACAUACUGUUUGUACAGUAGACAGAUUCAUGGUAAAAGUUAGAACAGAUCAGCUAUGACCUUGUGCCUUAUCAUCACACAAUAAAGUUUUUAACAAAGUUGUCUGAACGUGCAUCAGAUUUUCUGCAAUAUUCAGUAGGUCCAGACAGAUAAUGUACAUAAAGCAUUUAAAAUAAUUUGUUAUAAAACAUGUCUGAGAUAAUUCACAAUUUAAAAAAAACAGCAAUGCUGCCUGGUAUUAAUUAAAUUCAUCACAGAUGAGGUAUAUACUACAGGACAUAUAUGCCUAUGUAUGAGGGCAUAAAUGUGAGCCAUUAAGAACCUUCUUUCUUCUUGUACAGGACAUCUGUGUUGUUCGACUUGUUAAGGUGAACAUCCAGGUAUUUGUAUGUUCCCACCAUGUCGAUGUCCAUGGAUGUUCACUGGUGUGGUCUGAGGUGUUUCCCCCCAGGUGUCAAUCCCAGAUUGAGCAAAGAUGGAUUUUCUUGCUUAUAAAUUCAUCUUUUCAUUUAUAAUAGAAUAUUUUUUUUCUGUCAGAAAUGUUAUAGUCUCAUUUUAAAUAAAGGCUGCACAUCUAAACUAUCAUACAACUGUGUUUGGCCUUAAAUCUAUAUACUGUGUAGGGAGACCUUGUGGUCUUUACACAAAUUCAAUAAAAUACCAAUAUAAUGGUCCAAUAGGAACAGUGGCGGGUCUUUUUUUUUUUUAAACUUGUGCUUCACUUACUCAAAAGUAUAAAAAUUCCUUAUGAUCAAGGCAAUAUAUGUUGUUUUUACAAGAAUCUCAUAAUUUGUCUCACAAAACACAACAAAAGUGACUUUUCCAAAUAAGUGAAAGAAGCAACUUUAACAAGAGUCUGUAUGUACAUAUUUAUUAGUGCACAAUGGAGCACAAUUUUCAGAAGAAUUGCAUUUAGAUGUGACAUGGCUUCCGGGUCUCCAGCCUAACUGCAGCUGAGCUCAGUCUAUCAAUUUAAUACUAAAUGUAAUUAAGUAUUAAACCAUUUUGCUGCCCAUAUAGACGUCAGGUGAAAAGACACACAAAUGGUAAAACUGACGGUCAAAGUUGCCAGUGAUAUAACAAGCCCACCAAGAAGUGCCCAAAAUGUAAACUCGUUUUUUGGUGUGGCUAAGGAAAAAAAAGUGUGGACAACCGCCUUCACACAAAAACAAUUCUUCAAAAGAAAAUGUUUAAAUAUAGUUUAAAAUAGCCAAAAAUAGACAAGAUGAUUUAACAUGAACAUGGAUUAUCUGCCAACGUGACAUCUCCUAGUGCUUGUGCAGGAUGUGAUUGUGAAUUUAAAAUUUAAGAGCAUCAAACUUCAGUUACUGCUGAACAACUUCCAUCAAAAAUUUUACUUUAGAGGAAACCCCACUUCCAGCAUUUCUGAAAUUACAACUAAGCUGAACCACCAAUUCAACUGAACUGAAUGGAUAAAAGCCUUUAAAAGCAGACUAAAGUCAAACAAAAAAACGAAACCUUACCAAAUACUGUCAAUAGGAAUGUGGGGCUGACAGACUCGAAUAUGUCUUGAUACAACUUUGGGACUGAGCAGACGACGAUUAAUAAAAAUGCAAUGUACAAAACUAUUUAAAACUGUUUAAAAUUAAAACAAAAAAGCAGUCUAAGUCAGAC